AAGCCCCCUUUUAGCCCCAGGAAUAUCUGGCAUCUUAUCAGCUUUCGCCUCGCGGCUCGCGCGAGUGGACCAAGAACGGAGGCCGCCUACCGUGGCGUAGGCAGUAGGCAGUUGACCGGCAGGAAGCAUACAACGUGUAGUGUAAGACAAUCCGUACCACAAGUGAUGAGUAAAUUGCGGCAGAAGAUUCGCAACGUGUUCUCGUGGCAGCACGAUGAUUACACCUUCGAACCCGUCCCGGAAUCGGCACAGUCCAGCGGGCCACCGUUACCGUUACCGCCACCGAAGGAGUCCAAAAGCAAUCGCUUCCUGAAGGCAGGAUCGUCGCCCUCCAAAGCCGUGGCCACAUCAUCCAAAGGCGUUGGUAAUCGGACGGCAAAAAUCAAUAAAAAGCGAUUGAAUCAGAUAAACAUCGCAAGAAACUCCUCGAUAACCUCGGCCCAGUUGAAUGCGGCGGUACCGCUCGUGAACAUAAGGCGCGCACCAUCGGACCGAUCGGUGUUAUCGGAAAUCGACCGACAGAUUGUGACCGGUAGGCCGGCGGCUGGUUCGCGCCCACUACUGUCCCGUCCAAUAACGGUGACCGGCGGUGGUGGUGUUGGUGCACCUUCCUCGGUUUCGGGCCGCUCGCUAGCAUCAAAAGCAUCGUCCAGCCGGGCCAGCUCGUCCGUUCCGUCGACCAGCGCUUCGCAGAAGGACAUCGUGGUGGUAAGGAGAGCGCCACCGGCCCCGGUCGUGGUGCAGAACGAUCGAUCGCUUCUGCGUACAAUCAAGAAACAGCAGCAGGAACCAUCAUCGGAACGGGCCGUUAGUGCCGAUCGGUCAUCAAUUAAACGGAAACCAUUGCUGAGUGGAUUCGGCAGACAGAGAGGCCAAGGUCCGUCCGGAUCGAAACAUCAGUCCCAACCGUCGGUAUCGUCGGUGAGUGCGACCGGAUCGGGCCAUGCGGACGGUGGCAGCGUCGUGCCCGGAGCAGGUCUCACCGGCGCCCUGUCUGUGAACGGUGGUGGAGGAGGACUGCUGAAGAGUGCCGCUUCCGCGUCGAGCCUGGAGUUCCCCGUCGUCUCGAAACCGGCGCACUCGUCGCGGGGCACCGGACAGCAGCAGCGUUUCAACGGGUCCAAGGAAAAGCUGGACCACUCGUCAUCACACCAUCAGCAUCAUCAUCACCAUCAGCACCUGCACCACCAUCAGCAGCAGCAGCAGCAGCAGCUACAUACGCAACAUCAGCAUCCCCUGGGCAGCCAUCAACCACAACACCACCAGCAGAGUCGUACGGCAUCGGCACAGAUGGCGCAAAUGGCGACCGGCGCGACCGUGUCAACGAAUCACUUGAACAAAUUCCCACCCGGAAGUGGGUCAUCGCUGGUGGUGAGCGAUGAUGGCGGCGGGCUGCUACUCAACGAGCGCGGCGUGGACGUCGGCAGCGGGCUGAGCGCGAGCAUGGAACAGCUGACCGCGAUCAGCUUCGUAGGGCCGGAAAAGGCCAGCAGCGGCGGUGCGGGGCGGAAGGAGCAGCAGCAGCAGACCUCCCCCAGCAAGAGCCGGUCGGCCGAGCUGCUGCAGGUGCAUCUCGAGAAGCUGCAGUCGGAGAACCGUCUGCUCGAGCGGAAGGUGCACGAGAUGACGAGCUGCCAGGAGGAGCUGCUGCUGUUGCGUGACGAAAUCGUAAAGCUCAAGGCAUCACACGAGCAGAGCAACAGCGAGCUGCACCGGCUGGUGAACGAGAACGAAUCCCUCCGGGAUCGGCUGAAAACCGUCGUCCAGUCGCCGCUGUCCGACUCGGAAAAGCAGCAGCUCAUACGCAACACGCAGCGGUUGCACAGUUCUGCACCGGCCUCGAUCGCGCUGCCGAAUAACAUGGAUGCCGAAGGAACGCCAUGCGUAACGCCCGACUGGGACAAACAAUCGUCUAGCAGCGAAGUAGCGGUGGCCUGUUUGCAAGAUAAAAUCAUACAGAUGGAAGAAACGCACUACUCCACGAACGAGGAGCUGCAGGCGACGCUGCAAGAGCUAGCCGACCUGCAGUCGCAGAUCAUGGAGCUGCAGUCCGACAAUGAGCGGCUCGUCGAGGAAAAGGACGUCAUCUUCCAGUCGCUCUGCCGGCAGACGGAAAAGCUCGAAGAUACGCGCACGCAGAUCGGCACGCUGCAGAAGCUGCUGCUGCGCGAACCGAACCAGCAGGACGUUACGCCGACCGACCGCGAGCAGAAGCUGGUGGAUCUGCUCAAGAGCGCCCAGGACGAGCGGGAAAGCUUCAUGCUGAAGCAGGAAGAGCUGAACGCCGAACUGAACGAGCUGAAGGCGAUCAUUGACGAGCGCAGCGGGGAGGUGGCCCGGGCCCGGGGUCGCAUCAGCAUGCUCGAGUCGUCGCUGGACGCGGCCAACGCGGAGAAGAAGGACGCGAACGCGCAGCUGAUGGAGUCGAAGGAGGACGCAUCGGUGAAGCUGAUCGAGAUUAGCCGGCUGACGACGCUGCUGGAGAAUGCGCGGGCCAAGAUCGACGAGCUGGAGCAGGACCGGGCGAAGGGUGACAAGACCGACCUGGAGGAGCUGCUCGAUGUGGCGCGGAAGGAGAAGGACCAGCUCGAGACGCAGGUGGCCUCGCUGCAGGAGCAGGUUUCGAUCAGUCAGUGCGAAAUCCAGAAGCUGAAGGACCAGCUCGCCCGGCUGAACGAGGAGUGCAAGGUCGUGCGGAACAACGCGAAGUGCGUCAUCUCGGACUUGGAGUACAAGAAUGAAACCGUGACGCAGGAAAAGCAAAAGAUGGCGACCGAUUUUCAGCAGCUGCAGGAGUCAAUCAACGAGCUACAGGUUCAAAACAAAUGCCUCCUGGAGGACAAAUCCCAGCUGGAAACGCUGCUGUCGGAGACGCAGAAGCAUCUCGGUGAAACCGAGCGCCAGCUGAUGGAAAAGACUGACGAACUAAACCAAGAAACUAGACUUAGGAAGCAGGAAGCGGACGAGUGGGAACACUUCCAGUCCGAUCUGCUGAUGACGGUACGGGUGGCGAACGAUUUUAAGACUGAAGCACAAAAUGCGCGCGAAAAGCUGGCCCUCGACAAUAAGGCACUGCGCGAGAAGGUGCGCGUGCUCGAGCAGCAGAUCGAACAGCUCAACAAGCAAUCCUUGAGAGGUAUCGGCAAUGCGGAUGACGUACAGUUAAGCUACGAGCGUCUGAACGUGCUCAAGCAGGAUCUGUACGCUUCGGCCGAGAACCUCAACACGUUCGAUCGGAACGUGGACGAGUUUUCGCAGCGUGUUCAGCUGCUGCGCAAACAGAUGCACAAUUUUUCACUCGAUCGCAAAUCAUCCCCCGUUACUGCGGCAUUUCCUGCUACUGCUAACCCACCGAAAAAAAGUGUUACAAUGCAGUCGUUGUCCCCUCCUCCUGCCGUACGAUCCGUGCAGGAUUCCGAUUCCGAUGUGCCACCGCCACUGCCAAAGACGAAACCACCGAAGAUGGUCGUUCGUUUUGCGGACGAUCGAUCCAGCGUCGAUACGCUGGACAGCAUCGAGUACGAAUUUAGCGAAUCAGAUUCAGAUGAGUGGGAUCCGAUUCGUGGCGGCGGCGGUGGCACUAGUAAACGUAAAUCGACUCCGUUUGGAGACAAGACGAUGCACCAGCAGCGAAAGACGACCCCAUCGUCGGAAAGUGUCUCGGAAGCGAGCACCACGGCUAGCGAUGAGGAGGAGCUGUCGCAAGAGGUUGGCGAAUAUCAGACGAAUCGGCCAGCAUUUCGUCCGAUUGCCGCCUCGCAGAGUACGGAAAAUCUGUUCCACCGGUCUACCGCGCUGUUUAAACCGAUUCCACGGUUCGCCUCGACCAGCACGCAAGACUUAAGUUCGAUCAUGCGGGCGGAGGGAUUGUACCAUCGGCAGCACAAGAACCCACGCCACCGUGCGCUCGAUUCGGUGGACUUUGGUUCGGGGUUGUUCUACUCGAAAAGCACGAACGAUCUUAUCCUGCCCGAUAUCGAUGGGCUGGCACACAAACCGGCAACGAAUUUGAGUAAAUUUCGCAAAUUUCGUUACGAACGAUCGAUCAGCGGUUCCAGCUUGAACAGUUUAGUAAAGCUGGAGGAACAUAAGCAGCAGCAGGAGCAGUGGCAACAGCAACCUGCCAACAAAGUAGCUAGCAGCAAUGUAAUGAGCUCUGCGGUAAUAUUGGAGCAGCAAAGGAAUGAAACUGUGUACAGGAUUGUAGCACCAAAAACGACAUCCGAAAGGCCUGAGCAGUCGGCGAAGGCGAAGGCAAGUUCAUUGGAGCAGCAGAACAAACUGGAAGCACGCAAACCGCUGCCACUACCCCGGGCAGACAGCGAUCAAAAUUUAGCGACCCAAAAAACGGUUGUAUACGUAAUUGAUAAGCAAACGAACCAAUUCGUCCUGGAAGAGGAGCUGCUAGGGAAGCGAAAACAAGAACAAAAGAAGCGGGAAUCUGGUCAUUCUAAUGCUCCUGUUGCCGCAGAUCCUCCUCCAUUGCCGAUAAAAAGCAGUACCAAAUUUGUUGCCACUCGCAAAGCGGCACCUGCGGCAGCCCGUGUUGAUGCGCGCACACCCGAAUCAUUGUACGAAAAUAUCACUUACCGCAGAAGUAUUGUUGGGCAAAGCUUUUCCUUUGACCAUGAUCCUAUAAUAACAACGAAAGAAACGCAAUCACAAUCGCUCAUCACAACCGUACAGCAGGAGAUGGCGGUACGACGGCAGCAAAAGUCCGCCAUCCAGCGGCAAGAUUCGCGGCUGUCGGUGAAGAGUUUGAUUGAGAGUAUUGAAAAUUCAGCCAAACAGACCAAACUAAACUCCGACUCACGGUGCAGUUCCAGUUCCAGUAUCAAUAGCAUUCCAGCGGACGCCAAUCCGGCGACGCUUUCCGCGAAACAUUCCUCCGUUAGCAGUACGAACAACAACAACAACAACACUAUCAACAACAAUGAACACGACAGUAUCAGCAACAAUAUUAGCAAGGGCCACGUAAAUGGCAGCAAUAAUAACGAUGAAAACAACGUCAUUCAAAUUCCCGUGCAACCUUCGGCGGCAAUGGUGCAAUCCGGCGGCGGUGCGCUGCCGGCCAAGAGUCCGCUGCGAGAGCAACAGCAGCCAACGGUUGGGAGCAACGUUAACAGUAAUUCCAAGCCGAACGCUUCAGCAGACACUGUAAUGUUGAUGAAAAAGUCCAGUCUUAUCACCAGCAACAACGGUUGCAACACAACCCUUAACUCAGCUAUUAUUUCCCACAAGACAAUGGACUAUGUGCGUCGAAAUAGCUACAACGACAUAAGUGAACGUAAGGAUCCGCUAAAUGCGUUAGUGAAAAAUGGAGGCUCGAAACGAAAUGCGCUGCUCAAGUGGUGCCAAAACAAAACGGUUGGCUACCGAAACAUCGACAUCACAAACUUCAGCUCCUCCUGGAACGACGGACUGGCCCUGUGCGCCAUCAUGCACUCCUACCUGCCGGACCGCAUUCCCUACGAUAAGCUGAACCAGAAUGACAAGCGGCGCAACUUUAGUCUAGCAUUUGCGGCCGCCGAAAGUGUUGGAAUUCAGACGUCUUUGAGCAUUGACGAGAUGUGCCUACAGGAACGGCCAGACUGGCAGCAGGUGAUGGGCUACGUAACGGCCAUCUAUAAACAUUUUGAAACCUAAUAAGACGCAAACCGCAAACGUGCAUUCCAUUGGAUAAUUUUACCAUUUUUACCGCAAAAAAAAACCGAGCCUGGAGGAGAAAGUGUGCUGGCUUCGCAAUUGCUGUCGGCUGUGUGCGUGUGUGUGUGCUGUGUGUAGGCGGCGCGGCAGCUCCAACGGGCAUCGUAUUCCUGUAUGCUCCCCUAUUUCAUACUUGUUAUUUAUUUUAUUAGAUUACACUCCUGAAUUGCUUCGCUAUUGGAAACAAAAAAGUACUAUGAAUGUUGUUGAAAUAUAUAUAUUAUGAUUAUGAAUGAGUA